AUGUUCCGUUUAGCAAUUAAAAACAGGGCGUGUCUCCGUCAAUUACACCAAUGUAGAACUAUGUUGAAGGCCCAAGCCUUUGGGAUGCCUGCCAUGUCACCAACCAUGGAAAGGGGCGGUGUCGUUGAUUGGAAGUUCAAAGCUGGUGAUACUUUCUCUGCCGGUGAUGUGCUCUUGGAGGUUGAAACCGACAAGGCAACCAUUGACGUGGAGGCACAAGAUGACGGUAAGCUUGCCAAAAUUUUGAAGGAGAACGGUGCCAAGGAUAUUCCUGUCGGGGAACCCAUUGCAUACAUCGCUGAUGUGGACGAUGAUUUGGCCACUUUGGAGUUCCCAAAGCCCGUUGAAGCCAAGAAAGAAUCAAAGCCAGUUGAAACUAAAAAGGAGGAGGCCAAACCAGUGGAAAAAACUGACAAGAAGAAGCAAACCAGUGCUUCAAAAACACCUUCUAAGAACGGCAGUGUUCAGGCUAAUGCAUCUCAAACAUUAUUCCCAUCUGUGCUAUCACUACUAGAGGAAAACAAUAUUUCAACUGCAGAUGCGUUGGACAAAAUCAAGGCCACUGGUCCAAACGGUAGAAUCUUAAAAGGUGAUGUGCUAGCCUAUUUGGGUAAGAUUUCCCAAGAUUCGUUGAACAAGGUAACCGAGUACAUCAAAUCCCAUGAGAAAUUGGAUCUAACCAACAUCGAAUUAAGACCUGCUAGAGAAACUGCAGCAGCAGCAGCAGCAGCACAAGCUGCUAAACCCGCUAAACCAUUACCUCUAGUACUAAGCGAACAGAUCACACUCCAUGUCCCAGAAAACGUCACUUACUCCCAACUAUCUGCUGCGAUAGCAUCGUACGUCAAGGAAUGUUCAUUCUUGGCACACGACGAACCAUUGACCAAUGACGCAUCCGAACUAUACGACCCAUUAUUCGAAGAGUUACUAGUACAAGAACCAACAAAACCUCGUUUCAAGGUCACUUAUAACAUAGUAGACUUGGAACCUACACCAAGACACCGUACCUCUUCACCACAACCAGAUAUCUUUGAUUUAUUAUCUGGUACAACAACGCAAGAACUACAACAAGAGGCAUCCGCAGUAUCCAAACAACAACAAACACGUCACGAAUACGCGUUGAACGUUUCCGUCGCCGUUGACGAAUCGUUAACGGAUGCCAAGCAAAGAGCAGAAAAUUUCGUUGCCCAACUAUCUAACUUGGAAUUGUUCCAAUGA